AGACCAUCAAAUAAACACACAGGACUUUGACUGGGUAAUAUAUUGUCACUGGAAAUACCAACAUUCACAAAGUGAAGUAUUUAACCUCCAACAAUACAUUUUCAACAGCAGGGCUAGCUUUUAUUCAAACGUUCUAGUCUUUGAGGAAGAUUUCCUAGAACUUGACUGCAGUAGUCUCUAGACCUAAACCUACAUUUUGUCCAGGUGCUUUUUGGUCAAUGAAUGGCUCAUUCACAUAAUCAUUCAGCUCUCUUUGGUUGGCACUAUUCCAGCAGCUCUUUAUUAUGUAAAAUGUGUGUUGUGAAGAACAAAAACACGGGUUAAUGUAAACCUUGAACUGCUUUGGCUCUGGCCCCCUUCCCAGCCACAUUGUGUCUAUCCCAGGAAGUUGUUCAUUGUCAUCUGAUUUCAGCUAGUCUAGCCUUUUGCCGGUUUUAUUGUACUGCUAUGCCCCUGCUCCUGACUAAAUGCGAGAACCACCCCCCUUUUUCCCACACUGCAGGUUAGGACAAGUCUCCUCUCCCCAGUCUACAGUGUUGGGUGGUGGGACUCGGUGGGGGGAUGUGUACCAGUGGUGUUCCAGCCAGCUCCAGCCAUGGGAUCAGCCGGUCGGGCUCCUCGUAUGCCCUGUGUGCCCUUGGGGUGGGGCUCAUAGCCCUGGGCAUCGUCAUGAUUGUGUGGACAAUGGUUCCCGGGGAUGCUACCCAGACAACCAAGACUCCAGGCAACUCCAGUAUAACAGUGCCAGCACACCAUGGUGAGGAUGGGGAUGGCAAGGAGGACAAGGAAGCAGCAAAGACCUUAUCAAUAGCCUAUGUGCUGGUGGGGGCAGGGGUGGCCAUGCUGCUGCUGUCUAUCUGCCUGGGGGUGAGGAACAAGCGGAGGAAGCACCAGAGAAGACAGGAGACACAGGCCGAAGGAGUCCGCUUCGUGGACCAUGUGGCUGGGGAGGCAGGAGAGAAUUUAGAUGAGCCAGUCCCAGUCUACAACGUGCCCAGCUAUGAGGAAGCGGUCACCAGUGGCCAGUUCCCUAUCCGCCAGAGCAACUUACGCCAGAGCAACUCUCAGCUGCCUUCCUAUGAGGACCUCAUCAGUGCUGUGGAAAACGAGGGGGAGGGACCAAGUGCUGCCCCAGUUAAGGAGGCUCAUCCUAGCAGUCCCACUCCUGAGCCCCAGCCCGCUGCUGCAGCCAACCCCCACAGCAGCAGCCGGGCCAGCCGGAUACUACGCCCCAACAGAGUACGCAGAAUCAAGUCUGAGAAACUCCAUCUGAAGGACUUGCGUUUUAACAUUCGCAACCCUACUGAUGCGAAGGUGACCAUUGAACCAAUCACUCCGCCACCACAGUAUGACGACAAGAUGCCUGAGUUCUGACAGCACCCCCUAGCCUGGGAGUACUAAAAGCAUUGUUUCCAUGUUGAGUAAAACAACACUAUUGCUGGAUCAGAUGUCUAAUAAUGAGGCCUGGCUGUGAGUGUUCCUCCAUCACCCUGAGGCAGACCCAGACAUUGUUUCUUUGAAUCAAGAUGUUUCUCAGCUCCAUUUUGACUCGUUUAUAGACUUAUUUAUUCAGGGGCAUUAUUUUCCUUCUGUGCACUAUGAUCUCUGUUUAGGACACUGUGGCUGUGUUUUUAACUAUCGCCCUACAGAAGGCUCGCCGGGGUGCUACGCCACUGCUUAUAAGUUAACUAUCGAAGUUAACUAUCUAAAUUAUCCAGCUCAUGGAGCCAGCUAUUCAUUUUGUUUGCUAACUUGCUAAGUGGCUAGCUUGCAAGAUCAAGCUUCUUGGUUAUAGCAAGAUCCCCUCCUGGAUCAAGAUCCCUGCUACCUAAAUUUGUUUUGUGCGUCAAAUUUCUAUGAUUUCAAAUGACUUUUUUACGUUUGGAAAGAACUAGCACCCCUUGUGUGCACUGCCGGUAAUACUGUAUAUCACGGUAUGGUACAGGAAUGGUGUGAAGGUAAGAACCUGGAUACCGCACAACCCUGCCCUACAGGACACACUGCACCAAAUACCCUAGUUUCAGACUCCUAAUGAUCCUUACACCUCUGAAGCCACUUCCAUACCAGUCGAAGUAACUUAUCUCUGAACUCUCAAAAGCUGUUUUUCCACCAAGUUUUGGAUAAGGGGAAUAAUGGGGUGUUAACCCUCUGGAGACUAGAGAUUCUGACUGCCAGUGUGACACCCCCCUCCCUUUUCUCUCCAUAAGCUCGCUUGGCCCUUCAACUUCAGUCUGCUGAUGCAAUCAGGUCCUCAAACUCAGGGGAGCGCCAGGGUGGGGAGGUUAUUACAAAUGCAUCGGGGUCCUCUGGGUCUGUCUCCACAUCAGACAUGAUGUCUUCAGUUGCCCCCACAAAUCGCUGCUUCUUUUCAGCAGAGUUCUUUUGACCGACUGUCUUGAACACUUGCAUCUCAAAGCUAAAAAAAGAAAAAAAGCACAAGUCUCAACUUUUAAAAACUCAGUACUGUACGACGCAGUCUUCUCUUUUGUAUGUUCCAUUCCUUUGCUCUGUCUGCGGUGUCUGACGACUUAUGCAUCUCUUUCAGUCCAACACUGAUUUUCAACUGCAUCUGAGGUGACAGUAUGGUCUAUUAGCAAUGGUUAUAUGCUUCAAAAUCAUUGAAAAAAGGAUAAAAUGUAGAAUAUUGUUGCAGUCAGUCCAUGUCUUCAUAGGACUACUCGCCUUCAAAUUCUGCCAUGCGCCACUCUCCAUCUGUGCACCUUCAUCUCAGCUGACUGACCAGCAGACAGUACACAGGUGUUGUGCGGACUCUUGUUCCUGAGACAUUAGUUGAAAAAGAAAAGUUCAUGCAUGAUAUUUGUACUAACACUUAAUGUAACAUAUUUGAGAAUGCUAAAAUAACCAUCAUACAAAAACCUACCCUGAUUGCUUGGUUGGACUUUUCCCCCCAAAACACUAUUGUCAAAUUCCAAGUCAUAAGUGAUCACAUUUGUCUUCACUUUUCUUGCGGCUUAUACUAUAUUUGUCCUCCUCACCAGCAUUAAUGUGUGGAUCCCUUACUGCCCGCUAUUAAAACAGACAAGAGCAUCAUUAGUAAAUUAAUAUGAUUCAAAUAUAUAAUGUUAGCUACCACCGGUGUCCAAGUUGCAAAAGUAAACAUUGAACUUACGGAUA